GGGAGGGGGUAUCCCACUGGAGUCGGCACGCGCAGACAGCAGGGAGAAGCCUCAGCAGCUAGAAGAGCCCGUUGCAUUUUUCCUGCAAACCAAAUACCAAAAAUUAUCUCCACUUGAACAUUUUCUCUUAAAAGUGUAGGUUAACGUCUGUAUUUUAGACAUUUAAAAUGGUUGACCGUGAGCAGCUGGUUCAGAAAGCCAGGCUGGCUGAACAGGCAGAGCGGUAUGACGAUAUGGCAGCUGCCAUGAAAUCGGUGACAGAGCUGAACGAGGCGCUGUCCAACGAGGAGAGGAACCUUCUCUCGGUGGCCUACAAGAAUGUUGUGGGCGCCCGGCGCUCCUCCUGGCGCGUCAUCUCCAGCAUCGAGCAGAAGACCUCGGCCGACGGCAACGAGAAGAAGAUCGAGAUGGUGCGGGCGUACCGUGAGAAGAUCGAGAAGGAACUGGAGGCCGUGUGCCAGGACGUGCUCAACCUGCUGGACAACUUCCUCAUCAAGAACUGCAGCGAGACCCAGCACGAGUCCAAGGUGUUCUACCUGAAGAUGAAGGGCGACUACUACCGCUACCUGGCCGAGGUGGCCACGGGCGAGAAGCGCUCCACGGUGGUGGAGUCGUCCGAAAAGGCAUACAGCGAGGCACACGAGAUCAGCAAGGAGCACAUGCAGCCGACGCACCCCAUCCGCCUGGGCCUGGCGCUCAACUACUCCGUCUUCUACUACGAGAUCCAGAACGCGCCCGAGCAGGCCUGCCACCUGGCCAAGACGGCCUUCGACGACGCCAUCGCCGAGCUGGACACCCUUAACGAGGACUCCUACAAAGACUCCACGCUCAUCAUGCAGCUGCUGCGAGACAACCUCACGCUGUGGACGAGCGAUCAGCAGGACGAGGAGGCCGGUGAGGGCAACAACUAAACGAGUCAUUAGGGGGAAGAAAUGGUCAACGCCCCAGUUCCUAACCGUCUAAGAGAAAAAAAAGAGAAAACACAACACGCGUGCUCACAACCUUCAACAGCAACAUGAGAAAAAAAAAAUGAAAUAAAAGUAAUCAAAAAUUUA